UAUGCCAAAUGCAAAACAAGAAAAAAGCUAACAAAAAAAAACAUAAUUAGCUACAGUUACGUCGACUUAAUUUCAUAACGAAAUAUUUAAGUUCUUUAUACAUUUCACAAAUUAAAAUUUAACGCAGUUUCUAAGCUAACUAACUUGAUGUGAAAAGAUUUGUUUUAGUUAACACAGAAUGUUUAAGCUGAUAUAUAUUGCUCUUCUAACGGUGCUGAUUUCAAGCCUAGAUGCACGCCCAGAGAGUAUCGACGACUUGGAAUCAUUGUUGAACAGCGCUGGUGAAUAUAAUAAAAUCGUGCCAACCGGAAAGGCGAGAUCAUUUUCUAUCAAACCAGAUGAAAAUGUUCUUAUCAAUUUGAAUUAUAAACCAGCAAAGUCAGGACGUCGCAAACCGGGACAUAAGAAAUCCAAAAGCCAAAGCCCACAAUACUACCUGAACUUUACGUUUCAGAACUAUAAGAAUCCAAAAGAAGACACAAAAAAGAAGCCAAACAAAAAUCAGCAUGGAUUUAAAAAAAAUCAGUUUACAGAUUUUCCUCUUAAGGGCGAAGAUCCUUAGGCAUUAACAGAUCAUCCUGAAUAUACAUAAAUCGUAAUUGAAAAAAAAUAAGAA